AAACCUGUCAGUUUAGUUUUGUUGUUGGCUGCAUUGGAAUAUGUUUUGAGAAACAACACUCAGGACAGCUCACAAAAGAUUUAAGGGAAAAUCAUGACCUGCUCAGUUCCACACAAGGCAAAACUGUUGUUCCUCCUGACGAUGAUAUUUAUCUAUACCUUUCUUUGGAACAGUCACACCAGCUCAAUGCAAGUUCUUACAAAGCCACCCUUUGCUGAGGCACGAGUUCCUCAUGACAUAGCAAUGCUGAGGAAUCUCAUCAGCUCCAAAAUGGAGUAUCCACCCAGAAAGGUGCCAGAGAAAGAAGAAGUUGUUAAAGUUGACCCUCAUUUGUCCUCUCUAAUCGAUCAACAGUUCCUUCCAAACAUCAAGAGCCCUUGUUGGUAUGAGGAGAUCGCCAAUAAACUUGUCUCAAACCCGUACAAUAGCAGUUAUUUUGCGAAGCACGACAAAGUAUUCAAGGAUUUGUUGACCACCAUGAACGCUGACUUCAAAAAGUACCUGCACUAUAGUGGUGGAAAACAAUUUCGUUUGCGUUGUUUGCCUUACUUCUACAUCAUUGGCCAACCAAAGUGUGGAACAACAGAUCUUUUUUACAGAUUGUUGGAGCAUCCACAACUUAAAUAUAAUGCCUUCAAAGAACCACACUGGUGGAACAGGAGACGCUUUGGUGGACUAUAUGGAAAACGAAACGAUGGAAAUAUUUCAAUGGAAAGUUAUUUGGAUAUUUUUGACUGGGCUGCCAGAAAUAUUGAAGUAGGACUCAGGGAAGGACCAUCAGCAAACAACAGUGCACUCAAGAUUGUGACAGGUGAAGCCAGUGCAGCUACUAUGUGGGACAGCAUGACUAGUGAGUUUGAAAGCAACACAAGAGAAGAUGGGCCGCAUAUCUUGACAGCAGACAUUAUCCACAUCGCCCAGCCUGAUGCAAAAUUCAUAGCCAUAUUCAGAGAUCCAGUAGAGAGGCUCUACUCUGAUUACCUUUACUUCCACGAUUCCAUAAAAACAGUAGAAGACUUCCAUCAGAAGGUGCUGGAUUCACUGAAGGUGUUCGAGGCUUGUUUGUCCACGUCAUCACUCCGCUGUUGUGCCUACAUGGGCUACUCCACACCCAAAUCACUGAGGAUAUAUAUAGGGAUGUAUGUCAUCUACUUGCUGGACUGGCUGACUAUUCUUGAUAAGAACCAGAUUCUGAUCUUACGACUUGAAGACUACUCAGCCAAUCUGAACGAGACACUCCAUAGAGUUUAUAACUUUCUUGGCGUUGAUCCCCUGCCCAAAGAGCUGGAAGAGAGAAUUGUAGAAAGAGACAAAGCAAAUAGUCAAAAGGAAAAGAUCAGUUCUGUGGGUUCUAUGCUUCCAGCCACCAGAGACAUCCUAAAGGCAUUCUACAGUCCCUUUAAUCGUAAGCUUGCCAGUGUGCUUAAAAACAAGGCCUUCCUCUGGCCCUAAAGUCUGUAUAUACAGUAUGUAUAACAUAUUGGUUUGCCUCUCAAAAAUGUGUUAAUUAACAACACAAUAUAUAAUGACCAUGUAUUACUGUAGUCAAAAUUAUUCCAAUUAACACGUGAACAGGUCAUUUAUGGAGGGACUGUUUCCAGGAAGCUGUGUUGGGGUUUAUUUAAGCACGAAUUAACAGUAUGAUUUUUUUUUUUUUUUUUAUUGAGAAGUUCAUAGUGUACUGCAUUGACUUUAAAAAUGGUGGCUUGGUCGGAUCAAAUGGACAGUUUGCUUUAUUUAUGUCACGGUGGGUGCACGAGAUAAAAAAGUGGUUUUUGAGUGUGAUUUUCCCACAAAAUGCAGAGGUGAACACAAACAUUUCCUUGUAUAAUUUCCCAAUGUAUAACGUAAAUACAUGUAUAUAUGUGCAUUGUAUUUAUGUUCUGUUCAUUUGAGCAUUAUUAAAACUUUGUAUUUAAUUUUCAAAGGAUAUUAGAAUGGUGUUAACCCAUUAUAAUUCUAUCUAUCUAUCUGUCUAUCUAUCUAUCUAUCUAUCUAUCUAACCCUGUAUCAACACAACAGCUAUAUUAUACAGAAACCAAUUUAUUGUCUUUGUUUUUUCAAAGAAAAGAAAACGUACAUAGAACUUUGAAAACAUAGAAAAUGUACAACUUUAAAUUACACAAGCUCUUAACAAAAUAGUUUCUUUGUAUGUACAUCAGCAGGGGUCAGGGCUAGAGACUCUACAGCACGUCUCCAGCAAAAGAAAAUCAGCACUGUUUUUCUCCUCUAGCCAUCUCUCUACACAAAAAAGUCAAUGGCAGACUGUUGAGACAGUGGUCAGCUUAAGAAAACAACAUGCUACACUAACCAGUCCGGUGUUAAUUGCAGGCUCUUCAUGGUUUGCUCUUAAUAGCUCGGUACUGCUGGGUACUGUUCAGACAUUGCUUCCUCAUUGUUGACAAAAGCAAAGGUCCAUUUAUUAAUCAUAAAUUAUCUUCACUUAAAGAGCCAACUCCAAAGUAUUUUCAAUCCUAGACAAUCUGCAAAAAAAAAAAAA